AUGUUUCUUAGCUUUUCCGUGACAGGGGCCUCGGUGCGGCCGUUUAUGCACCUACUGCAGACCGUCGCUAAGCAAGGGGAAGGGCUUUUCUUUGAGCCGCAUCGUGACUCUUUGCAAUUACGUGUGGUGAACAGCACUCGUAGUACGCAUAUGCUUGUGGGCAUUGCCGCCCGUUAUCUUGAGGGCUACCGCAGCAUACAUGGAAACUCCGUGACGAAUUCAUGUGAAAAAAGUGGUGGCGCAACAUCCGAGACAAAUCUACCGAGGCACGAGGACGACCGUGACGAGUUUUUCCUGAUGCUUCCAACAAAGGCUCUUCUCGCGACCGUAUUACGACAGUCGCAGGGGUUGUGUUCUGUGCACGUUCGCUACAACGCCACCUCGGCAUCUGACAUGGUCUCUUGCGACACACUCCAGUGGGAAUGCGUGAUGUCCGGCGGCAUCAUUAAAAAGUUUUUGCUGCCGUUGGCGGAAGGACGACCGGAACGCGCCUUUUUUUCACCCGAUCGGUUCAGUUUUGAUGCAUGCGCGGCGGCCUGGGUGUGGGGGGCGCUGCUUGGCUGGUUCCCCGCAUCGAGGCCGCGUGUUGUUGUGCAGCCACUCGAGUCGCGUCUGGAGUUGUGGGUUGUAGACAGCGACGAGCCGAACGUCAUGCAAGGCGCCCACCCGCCGUUGGAGAGCGGCAAAGGCGGUGGGGCGGAGACGAAGGUCGUGGCGUCGCAGGAGCACUUCCUCUUCAUGCGGCAACAUGAGCCACGCGGCGAGGGCACAGCGGUGUCGAAUGAAACGAGUGAAGUGGGGGAUGCACGUGCCGCCCCAAGAUCGAGGGGAUUGUCGCUUCCCGGGAAAAUCGUCGAGGUGAAACCAUUCAAGCAAGUCUGCCUGCUGGCGGAUCAGCUCGGCAUGAUGAUUCGAGUGCGCACCGGCGUGGAGGGCCUGCCCGUCUUUGUGGAGGCCAUCACCGUGCAGGACGCGCAACAGGCAGCUGCAGCAGUGGCCGCCGCGACAGUUAAAGAUGCGGUAGCUGCAGAAAGCAGCAACGCCGCAGUUCAGCAGAAUGUUUUUGGCAGACAUUCGCUGCCGUCGGAGAAUUCGUUUCGAGUGACUUUCUCCAUGUACAUUGCCGCCUUUGACGUGCCGCAGCGUGCGUUGGACAGUGGCGAAGGAUUUACGGCCUCGAGCCGUCGUUCUACCAACUCCGCCACAACCGUCACUGGUGAGGAACGCGGUGUCGUCACAGCGAGUAGUCUGCAGGAGGUUAACGCUCCGUUGGUCUCUGCGUCUGCUGCACCGCCUUCAUCGGACGGUGUGCCUCUCUCUGGAAUAGCGCAGCGGACUCCUUUUAAAAUUGCAGAAAACAUGGCAACAGGGCAGGUCAUCCGUCCGACAGGGUCACCAAUGAGAAG